AUGAAAGAAAGAAAUUCCAGCAAUCCAACAGGUUUCAUCUUACUGGGUUUUUCAGAUCUUCCCCAGCUGGAGAGGAUUCUUCUACUGGUCAUAUCUAUUAUAUAUAUUCUGACACUGAUGGGGAACACAACUAUCAUACUUGUCUCAUACUUGAAUCCCAAACUCCACACACCCAUGUACUUCUUCCUCUCUAAUCUCUCAUUCCUUGACCUCUGUUUUACCACCAGUAUUGUCCCACAGAUGCUUUGGAAUCUAAAAGGUCCUGAGAAGACUAUUAGUUUUACUGCUUGUGUGAUCCAAGUAUACUUUGUUUCAGGACUGGGCUCCACAGAGUGUGUUCUUCUGACUGUUAUGGCCUAUGAUCGCUUUAAUGCUAUAUGUAGACCUCUCCGUUACGGCACUAUCAUGAACCCCAAACUCCUUUGGCAAUUAUCAGCUGUAUCUUGGAUCAGUGGUUUUGUGGAGUCCACAUUACAGACAACACUUGUUUUUCAAUUAUCUCUAUGCAGCCACCAUAGGGUGGAUGAUUUUUUGUGUGAAGAGCCCGCUCUCAUAAAAAUUGCAUGUGUGGAUACAACCUUCUUGGAGAAUGAGCUGGCCAUAGCUUGUGGCCUUUAUGUGGUUUUGCCUUUGGGACUCAUUUUGGUCUCCUAUGGCUGCAUUGUAAGGAGUGUGCUGAGAAUAAAAUCAGCUGAAGGCAGAAGGAAAGCCUUUGAAACCUGUGGGUCUCACAUGAUGGUUGUGGUUUUAUUCUUUGGGACUGUAAUUUCUGUCUACAUCCAACCCAAGAGCAAGUAUACCCAGAAUCAUAGUAAGUUCCUCACACUUUUCUAUACUGUGGUGACUCCCUCACUUAAUCCUUUAAUCUACACUUUGAGAAACAAAGAAGUUAAAUCAGCUCUGAAAAGGCUGCUCAUAAGAGAAUCCAGUUAG